GGCCGGGGGCUUUGCGACAGCAGGAGUCACGGCAGCCGGCAGCGUCAGCUGGUCGCCGCACCGGGCGCGGGCGAGGCAGCGCGGCGGGGCCGCGGCGCCCGGGGACCCUCCCCGAUUCUCCGCCCCGGCGGGGACAGGCGGGAAAGCAAAAUGGCAGGAAACAGCCUCGUUCUGCCCAUCGUCCUGUGGGGCCGUAAAGCCCCCACGCACUGCAUAUCCACCCUGCUGCUCAUGGAGGACGCGUCGAUGAUCGUCACGGGAUGCCACGAUGGACAAAUAUGCCUCUGGGACCUUUCUUUGGAUUUAGAGAUCAAUCCCAGAGCUCUGCUGUUUGGUCACACAGCCUCCAUUACUUGUUUAUCAAAGGCUUCCGCUUCCAGCGAAAAGCAGUAUAUAGUGAGCGCAUCAGAAAGCGGGGAGAUGUGUCUGUGGGAUGUGAAUGAUGGGAGAUGCAUAGAGUUUACUAAACUGGCCUGUACACAUACUGGCAUACAGUUCUAUCAGUUUACAGUUGGGACUCAGCGUGAAGGGAGACUAUUAUGCCAUGGACAUUAUCCAGAAAUUCUUGUGGUGGAUGCUACCAGCCUUGAAGUCCUUUAUUCUUUAUUAUCAAAGAUAUCUCCUGACUGGAUCAGCUCCAUGACUAUCAUUCAAUCCAAUAGAACACAAGAGGAUACUGUUGUAGCAGUUUCGGUGACUGGCAUCCUGAAAGUAUGGAUAAUAACCUCUGAAGUUAGUCGGAUGCAGGAUACAACACCAGUAUUUGAAGAGGAGUCAAAACCUAUUUAUUGUCAAAACUGUCAAAGCAUCUCUUUCUGCGCGUUUACCCAGCGGUCGUUGUUGGUAGUGUGUUCCAAGUACUGGCGGGUUUUUGAUGCUGGAGAUUAUUCCCUCUUAUGUUCAGUCCCUAGUGAAAAUGAUCAGACCUGGACUGGUGGCGACUUUGUGUCAGCUGAUAAAGUGAUUGUAUGGACAGAAGACGGGCAAAGUUUCAUAUAUAAAUUACCAGCCAGCUGCCUACCAGCUAGUGAUUCAUUUCGCAGAGAUGUGGGGAAAGCAGUAGAAAAUUUAAUUCCGCCUUUAUUGUACAGUGUGUUGGACAGAGCAGAUAAACAGCUGCUAAUCUGUCCUCCAGUUACUCGAUUCUUCUGUGGACAUAGGGAGUUCUCUUAUAAGCUGUUAGUCCAAGGAGACUCUUCAGGGAGACUGUGUAUCUGGAGCGUGCCUGAUACCCUUGAGCAGCAAGAUGGUGCAAAAGGACUGCAGACAAAAACUUCAGUAUCCCUCCAGGAAGCUUUUGAUAAACUUACUCCUCGCCCUGCUGGGAUUAUAGACCAACUAAGCUUAAUACCAAACAUCCAAGAGCCACUUAAAGUUACAGCCAGCGUGUACAUCCCAGCACACGGGCGUUUGGUCUGUGGCCGUGAGGAUGGAAGCAUUGUUAUUGUGCCCGCAACGCAAACUGCUAUAGUUCAGCUGCUGCAAGGGGAGCAUAUGCUGAGGAGAGGUUGGCCACCUCACCGGACUCUCCGAGGCCAUCGAAACAAAAUUACGUGUUUACUGUAUCCUCAUCAGGUUUCUUCUCGUUAUGAUCAAAGGUAUUUGAUCUCAGGUGGUGUGGAUUUCUCAGUCAUCAUAUGGGAUAUAUUUUCUGGAGAGAUGAAACAUAUCUUCUGUGUACAUGGUGGAGAAAUUACACAGCUUCUAGUUCCACCAGAAAACUGUAGUGUAAGAGUCCAGCACUGUGUUUGCUCUGUGGCCAGUGAUCACUCAGUAGGUCUUCUGAGUCUGCGGGAGAAAAAAUGCAUCAUGCUGGCAUCGCGUCACCUUUUCCCUAUUCAAGUAAUAAAAUGGAGGCCUUCCGACGACUAUCUGGUGGUAGGGUGUUCAGACGGGUCUGUGUACGUCUGGCAGAUGGAUACUGGUGCGCUGGACAGGUGCGUGAUGGGAAUAACGGCAGUGGAGAUCCUGAACGCCUGUGAUGAGGCAGUCCCAGCGGCUGUGGACUCCCUGAGCCAUCCCGCCGUCAACCUGAAGCAGGCCAUGACUAGGCGGAGCCUGGCUGCUCUGAAAAACGUGGCGCAUCAGAAGCUACAGACUCUUGCCACUAACCUGCUCGCUUCUGAAGCGUCCGACAAGGGGAAUUUACCUAAAUAUUCCCAUAACUCCCUGAUGGUUCAAGCCAUAAAGACUAACGUAACGGAUCCAGAUAUACACGUGCUCUUCUUUGACGUAGAAGCCCUGAUUAUUCAGCUGCUGACUGAGGAGGCCUCCAGACCCAACACUGCGCUCAUUUCUCCAGAGAAUUUACAGAAAGCCUCCGGCGGGUCCGAGAAAGGAGGCUCCUUUUUGACUGGCAAACGAGCAGCCGUCCUCUUCCAGCAGGUCAAGGAAACGAUCAAAGAGAAUAUAAAAGAGCAUCUUCUCGAUGAUGAUGACGAGGAUGAAGAGUCGGUAAGACAGAGAAGAGAAGACGGUGACCCAGAAUAUCGCUCUAGCAAAUCUAAACCAUUAACUUUAUUAGAAUACAAUCUGACCAUGGAUACAGCAAAGCUUUUCAUGUCCUGUCUUCACGCCUGGGGCCUGAAUUCCGUUCUAGAUGAGCUUUGCCUUGAUCGGCUUGGGAUGCUCAAGCCACACUGUUCAGUGUCCUUUGGCCUCCUGUCUAGAGGAGGCCACAUGUCUCUGAUGCUCCCUGGCUACAACCAGCCUGUAGGCAAGCCGUCGUAUGACAGCGCGGAGUUAGGAAGGAAAAUGUCCAUUACAGAAGGACUGGGAAAGGGGACGUACGGCGUGUCACGUGCCGUCACCACCCAGCACCUCCUGUCCGUGAUCUCACUGGCCAACACGCUGAUGAGCAUGACCAAUGCGACUUUUAUCGGAGACCACAUGAAGAAGGGUCCGACCAGGCCACCUAGGCCAGGCACUCCUGAGAUGCCAAAAGUGAAGGCACCCCCUUCAAUUGCAAGUCAUGCGGCCCAAGGACAAAUUAAGCAAGUUGCUCCUGCUGUUUCUUCUAGCACUGAAGCUGGUCACUCUGGCUCUGACACUGCUCCUACUUUACAUACCUGUUUCUUAGUCAAUGAAGGGUGGAGCCAGCUGGCUGCUAUGCACUGUGUGAUGCUCCCGGACCUGUUGGGACUGGAUAAGUUCAGGCCCCCUCUGCUGGAGAUGCUGGCUCGGAGGUGGCAGGACCGAUGCUUGGAGGUAAGAGAAGCUGCCCAGGCCUUGUUGCUAGCGGAACUCAGACGAAUCGAGCAGGCGGGUCGGAAAGAAACCAUUGACGCGUGGGCUCCUUAUUUACCACAGUACAUUGACAGCGUUAUAUCACCUGGAGUGACCACGGAAGCCGUUCAGACUGGUAGCGCAAGCCCAGAUUCACUGGGGACGGAGGCGAAAGUUCAGGAAGAGGAGCAUGAUCUGGUCGAUGAUGACAUCGCAGCAGGUUGUCUGUCUGGUCUCCCACAAACGAAAAAAAUGUCUAUGUCCUAUGAAGAGAGGCGGAAGCAAGCCACGGCCAUCGUCCUGCUGGGGGUGAUCGGGGCAGAAUUUGGAGCUGAAAUCGAACCUCCCAAGCUUCUCACUCGGCCCCGUAGUUCCAGCCAAAUUCCCGAGGGGUUUGGUCUGACGAGCGGCGGAUCAAAUUAUUCCUUGGCGAGGCAUACAUGCAAGGCGCUGACGUUUCUGCUGCUGCAGCCGCCCAGCCCCAAGCUGCCCGCGCACAGCACCAUCCGCAGAACCGCCAUCGACCUCAUCGGCCGCGGCUUUACCGUCUGGGAGCCCUACAUGGACGUCUCCGCCGUGCUGAUGGGCCUUCUGGAGCUCUGCGCCGACGCGGAGAAACAGCUCGCCAACAUCACAAUGGGGCUGCCCCUGAGCCCGGCUGCCGACUCUGCCCGUUCCGCGCGGCACGCUCUCUCCCUCAUCGCCACCGCCAGACCACCCGCCUUCAUCACCACCAUCGCCAAGGAGGUGCACAGACACACUGCCCUUGCAGCAAACACGCAGUCUCAGCAGAAUAUUCACACCACCACUCUUGCUCGGGCCAAAGGAGAGAUCUUGAGAGUCAUUGAGAUACUUAUUGAGAAGAUGCCUACCGACGUCGUGGACCUUCUUGUGGAGGUUAUGGACAUCAUCAUGUAUUGCCUUGAAGGAUCUUUAGUUAAGAAAAAGGGUCUUCAGGAGUGCUUUCCAGCCAUCUGCAGGUUCUACAUGGUCAGCUAUUACGAGCGGAGCCACAGAAUAGCGGUGGGAGCUCGCCAUGGUUCAGUGGCCCUCUACGACAUCCGGACUGGGAAAUGUCAGACCAUCCACGGCCAUAAAGGACCGAUAACUGCGGUGGCGUUCGCCCCCGACGGCCGGUACCUCGCCACGUACUCCAAUUCCGACAGCCACCUCUCCUUCUGGCAGAUGAACACCUCUCUCCUGGGGAGCAUCGGCAUGCUGAACUCCGCGCCCCAGCUCCGCUGCAUCAAAACCUACCAGGUGCCCCCCGUGCAGCCAGCCUCGCCGGGCUCCCACAACGCCCUCAGGCUGGCACGGCUCAUCUGGACCUCCAACCGAAACGUCAUCCUCAUGGCUCACGACGGCAAGGAGCAUCGCUUUAUGGUCUAGGCCGGGAGGAGGAAGGCGGCGGCGCUGGGGAAGGUGCUCCUUGCGCGGUGCAGCAGAAGCGGGGGAUCGGUAACACUGUGACGGCGCUCCUCGGCCGCGGCAGCAGGAAUCAAACCAGGCUUUGCAGCCAGGCGGAACCCGGCCCCUUCCUCGCUGGAUGUCGACUUCACGCAGCAGCCCUUAUUAAACACGUUUUUCCUUUGGAGACUCUCACAGAAUCUCAGUGUUUACCAAAAAGGCUCAUGUUUACAUGUACUUUCUCCUAGUGACCACUGAAUGAUGGCGGGUGAUGCGUCCUAGAGCUAGGCGCUCGGGGUUCUCGAUGAGGGUCUCGUUGCCUCGGGUUGCAGAGGGAUUGGGUUCUGGGGGGUGGAUGGCCUGUGUUCUGAUCCAAACGGGGUGUUUCCUCAGGCAAAGCCUCAGUUUUCAAGAGAAUUGGAAGUGCUGCUGUGCCCCGUCACUGUUUGCUGUAGUCUGGAAGAAAGAAUAAUAGUCCAUGUGUAAAUAAAUUUAAAAAGAAAUCUCUUUAAGAUGGAAUAGCAAACUUGAAAAGGAGUAUUUAUAUAUAAAGGUGUUUUUUUGCUACCAAUGCAGGUAUUUAUUUAAAAAAAAAAAAAAAAAAAGGACAAAAAGCGUUUUCUUCCUGGGGCCGCUCCCAUUUGUGCCGGGACGCGCCGGGCGGCGAGCGUGCUCCCGCGCCGGCCUCACCGGGGGACCGGGGAGAGGGCAGGCGGCACAAAUGGCAUCGGCGGGGAGCAAUUCUGGCCGGAAAAGGGAUGAGAAGUGUGUAGAAGGUAAGUUAUUUGAAAGGAUCUAUUGAACCAUUUUCUUCAGUAGGAAUAUUCCUGUGUAACGUUAGCUGUGACCGUGUUUCCUUCUUCUUACAUAUCUAAUUUUGUGAAAUAUUUAAUAGUGUGAAAGUAUGCUGGUUUAUGCUCACAGUAAAGAAAAAAAAAAUCUAUAAAAUACUAUUUUAUUUAAACAUAUUGAUGUAUAUGUUUGUAUAGCUUUUUCUUUGCCGUUUCUGUCUGAAAAACUCACAGAACUAAGGCGGCUGGCUUUACAUAUUAAAGUAAAAAUGGUACUUAUAGAAUCUUCCCUUCCCUGGAAAGGAAUAAAUGAAUUUCUAAAAUGGCUUCUAAAUAUAAAAAGCAUUAAUUUUUUUAGGUGGCCUGUGUAGUACGCUGUACAUGGCAGUGAGAUUUGCAGUCCAGAAGCUACAUAUCUGUUUGCUGUUCUAAAAUAAUUUAAAAAAAAUAAAUUAAAAAGCAAGCAAUUAAGACCAUUAGGAAUGUUUAACACAAACUGCCGUAAAGUUUAAUCUUUUCUCUGGCGGGAAUGUAGUGUAUAGUGGAGAAUCUGUAGUAGAAAUCAGGGUCUUUUCUAAGUGAAGUAAUGCGACGUGCAUGUACAUUGUGUUUAUACGGAUAUCUGUGUAACCGUGGGGACCCAAACGAAAAGGAGAGCUAACAGAUACUUUUCAUCCGUAGAAGGAAAUGCUGUAAUUUUCAGUUGUAGGCUUAUGAGGAGAGUGCUGUGGCACCCUGUGAGUGUUCUCCCACCGGGAUCCGGGAUCCUGUCCCUUAGCGUACGGUAGAUAUCGCGCGCGCGUGUGUAUAUAUAGUUAUAUAUAUGUGUUUACUUUCAAAACAAAAUGUGGGCCCAGUAGGAAUGUGGACCAUGCCCCUACAGUGAUUUCCUUUGUGGUAUAGUGGACAAACAUCCUGAAUUAUAAUCGCAUUAAAAUGUUUGUUUUAAGCUACAAGUGUAAUGGCUUUUCUCAAACGCAGAAGAAAGCUGGUCAUUUUCCCCGCAGUCCUGAAAACCGCUUCGCGUAGCAAGAGCCGAAGCGUUUGUCGCGAGAGGUGCGUUUGCUGAGGAGCCGCCGCCCCCCUGAAACGCCUCUGAGCGGCGGUGGGGCCAGAGCGCGGGGCCGGGCGCGGGGCCGGCGCGGUCCCCGCCGGAGACGCCUUCCCCCCUGACGGGUACCUGUGCGCUGGUUAAACCCAGCCCUCCGCUUCGGGGGCUCCGCUGAGCCCAGCCCGGAGCUCCCGCCCGGCCUCGCGCUCUCAGCACUGCGGCGAAAUGUGUAUUGUCGUUCCAGCGUAAGCUUUUAGUGCUUUAUUGAUUUGUUAGUACUGUAUUUGGACUUGUCCUUGUAAACGUAGAGACGUAUGUGGCUUCAUUGGCAGUUUACAAGCAAAAGAUGACAUGAUGAGACACCUGUAUGAAAAUGUUGUGAUGAUUGAAGUCACCGUGUAUGGCGAACGGUUCAAGUGUCUGCCUCUCCAGCAACUUCUUGACAAAUCCGCUCCCCAUGUAUUAAACUUCCCGGUGUAAAUAUGCUUGUGAAAUAAAACUGAACUGUAUGGAA